AUGGCGGAUGAGAUGGACCCAACACGAAGCGAUGAACCACCGAAACCCUCCUUUCGAGACGCCGUGUACGGGACCAUCGCUUCACCCGGCUCUGCUCAUGACUCCGGCAUCGAAGUGAGCCCUACCACUCCGUUACAGCGAGGCUAUCCACCUUCCAGACGUUACUACAUCUUCCCACCAAAUAUCAACGGCCAUGGACGCAUGGUGCUCGCGCACCGCACAGUGCCGCAUCUAAUCGGAUUCGUGCUCGUAGUCGGUGUAUUUGCUUGGGGCGUAUGCUCUGCGAUAUACGCCUACCCGCUCUUGGGUGGACAUCCGAACGAUGGGAGGACGGGUGGGCCAUAA